AUGGCUCGGUGCACUGACUCGGCCAUGAGCGCGGUCGACCCGGACCUGGAGGCGCCCGAGGAGCGGCGUUUCCUCAGUACAGCAGAGGCGGCUGCGCUGGAGCGGGAGCUGCUUGAGGAUUAUCGAUUUGGGCGGCAGCAGCUGGUGGAGUUGUGUGGCCAUGCUAGUGCCGUGGCUGUGACCAAGGUCUUCCCCUUGGCGGCUCUCUCCCGGAAGCAGAGGACGGUGCUGGUCGUGUGCGGCCCAGAGCAGAAUGGGGCGGUGGGGCUGGUCUGUGCCCGGCACCUGCGGGUUUUUGAGUAUGAGCCGACCAUCUUCUACCCCACACGCUCCAUGGACCCCCUGCACCGGGACCUGACCACCCAGUGCGAGAAGAUGGACAUCCCCUUCCUGUCAUACCUGCCUGUGGAGGUCCAGCUCAUCAAUGAUGCGUAUAGACUGGUGGUGGACGCUGUCCUGGGCCCCGGCGCAGAGCCGGGCAAGGUCGGGGGCCCCUGUACCCGAGCACUGGCUACACUCAAGCUGUUGUCCAUUCCCCUCGUGAGCUUGGACAUCCCUUCAGGCUGGGACGCAGAGACGGGCAGCGACGCUGAGGACGGGCUGCGGCCCGACGUGCUGGUGUCGCUCGCGGCGCCCAAGCGUUGCGCCGGCCGCUUCUCCGGGCGCCAUCACUUCGUGGCCGGCCGGUUCGUGCCCGACGACGUGCGCCGCAAGUUCGCUCUGCGCCUGCCAGGGUACACGGGCACCGACUGUGUCGUGGCGCUGUGACCGGCACCCGCCCCGUGGCUUGGACCCCCGCCAAUAAACAGAUACCCCGCCACC